AUGGAAAGCUUCAACUCCUCUGGGAUGGCCGGGGGCUCAAACGUCUCGUACAAGGCAACCUUGGCUCCAUUCUGGUACUUUGCUCCCUCCUGUCAGCACAAGACGUACGCGGUGGAAGGCUUCACGGAGAUGCUUGCUCAGAGUGCAGUGAGGUACAGGUAUUGCAGCAACCCUUACCACACUUGGGAGGCGCUCUUGUACAACGCAAGCAUGGGCCGAGUCGCCUUCAAGACCGGAGGGUUGGGCAUGCUCGCCAUCCACGGGCUGUACGAAGUCUGGGUGUGCAUACAAAACCACCCGUGUGCUCUAGACCCCGCAGACCCCUCCUUCUGCUGGGUGUACAAUGAGAUGGAGACGACCUGGAUACCUUGGGGUGAGAACUCCAACCUCCAGCUGUUCGUCCCCAGCAAACCCUGCGGGUCCAGCAGCCCGAGAGGCAGCUUCAACGAGCCGUCUCCUUCAGCCUCUGACCAGCAGCUCCAGGUCAGCUUGUCCAGCUGCAGGAUGGAAAUCGCGAUGCGGGUGGAGGACGCUUUUGACCUCUACGUGGACGGGGUCUACGUGACCUCGGGCAGCGAUUCGCAGGUAGUGCAUGAGCUCUCCGUCCCCGUCGCUUCUUCUGCUGGAGCUCUAGUGGCGGUCAAGGCGAUCAAUGUCGCAGGUUCGGGGGGCCUGGUCGGGAUCUUCGGGGGUGAGCCCACCAGCUCCUCGGGCUGGAAGUGUCAGAAGUUCCCCAGCGACGCUCCGCCUGCUGAAUGGAAUCAGAGGUCGUUCGAUGACUCGGCAUGGCCCCAGGCCGCAAGCGAUGCCGGGACUUCAAUGGAUUAUGCACGGGUGUGGGCGAAAGGCUACAUGGACAGGGCGUCGACGGUCUUCUGUCGUAGUCUUGUGAAGAAUCCCUCGCUCGUGUGCUACGUCCUAUAG